GGCACACUGCUAUUUUGGUUUCUAUUCGUCCCAUAAAAUUCAAAAAAUCUUUUUUCCUUUUAUCUGAGUUUUCAAAAGAUUUCUAAAUUGAAAACUCAGUUGACUCCGACUCAGUGCCCAAAUUUUCAGUGUGUCCUGCCGGAACGGAGGUGUGUCACCAAGGAAACUAGCGGCAAAGCCACAACAAUUGGUCGUUGAGAGUGACGAAAUAGAAAUCGGGAGAUAGCAGCGGCACCAGCAGCAGCAGUAGUAGUAGUAGUUAUAGUGAGUACGAGCACACCAGACAUCGCACAUAUCACCGCACGCUCAGUGCCCAGCGAGCAGUUUCGGCGAGCAGUUCCCACGCAGCAGAUCCGUAGUCCCCUAGAUCCCCGAACCAGCCCGAUCAUGUCCAGCGAUGCCAAUACGCCCGUGCUGCGCAAUUGCAUUCAGUUGCCGCUGCCGGAGGAAGAGCUCCUGGAGGUUACCGCCAAGGCCAAGGACUAUGCCAUCAUGCACGGCGCUGCCAUGCGCUCAAAAACAGCCUUCAGUCCGGACUCCCUGAAUUUCGCCCCGUUUGUGCUGGUACCUUCUUCGUUUCCGCGCAAGGAGUUUGAGAAGGCGGUGGCCCUGCAGCCGAUCAUCAACCGGCUGAUGCACAAUGUGGCCCACGACGAGGAGUUCAUCACGACGACACUGGCGGAGACGAUCAAAGUAGAUGAGUUCACGGCCGGUCUUUUUAACAUCUAUCGCAAGGUUUUGGCGCACGGAUUCACCCAGAAAAUAUCACUGGGGAUGCUGCGCAGUGAUCUGAUGCUGGAGUCCGGGUGUCCAGAGUUGUCGCCACGGGCGCUGAGGUUGGAGGCUGGCGAGGAUGCGGAGGCUGCUGAGGGGAAAGAAGCUGGAACUGCUGCUGCUGGCACGGGCAGAAAGGAGGAGGCGGAGCGGAAGGAGCACAGGGAGAAGCAGCUAUGCCAGGCCACCAGAGAGCGGGAACGAAGGGCGACCGGCGCUCAAUCCGCAUACUGCUGCUGGAAACAAGUCGAGAUCAAUACGAUAGCUUCGGGCUUUGGCCAUUUGGGACCAGCAAGUAAAACCAUACAAAGAUUUGUACUUAGCGAACUUGGACAUGCGGAUAAGCUGCACAAUAUGCCCGAUAACAAAGCCCUGGCUGGACUCUGCGAUGGCAUGGUCAGGGCCUGGGAAAUCUAUGCCAAGCCGAAAGCUGUGAUCCUGUUCAUCAUCGAGGACGUGUCGUAUAACAUCUGCGAUCAGCGAUUCCAUGAGUUCUACAUUCGUGAGACCUAUCCGCACAUAAAGGUGCUGCGUCGCACUCUUACCGAGGUUCAUCGGGAGGGCAAACUUGGCCUGUCCAAGGAGCUGCUUCUGGGAUCCCUGGAGGUGGCUGUAAUCUAUUUCCGUGCUGGCUAUGAACCAGGGCACUAUCACUCACAGGCGGAGUGGGAUGCCCGCUAUCUUAUGGAGACAUCGUUGGCCAUUAAGUGCCCCUCGAUUCAUUACCAUCUGGCGGGGACCAAGAAGGUUCAACAGGCACUCGCCCAACCGGCAGUUCUCGAACGUUUCAUUAACGAUCCGGAGGAGAUCAAGGCAGUGGGCAAGAUCUUUACGGGUCUGUAUUCACUCGACGACAACGAGGCGGGCAAUGCCUCCUACGAGAUGGCACUGCGGACUCCAGAGCGAUUCGUGCUGAAGCCUCAGCGCGAAGGAGGUGGCAAUAAUGUUUACGGCGUGGAUAUUCCAGAUGCCCUCAAGCGAAUGUCGCGCGUGGAGCGGUCUGCCUGGAUACUCAUGGAUCUGAUCCAUCCGCCGCUGACCAAGGGCUAUAUGGUGCGUCCCGGUGGCGAUAUGCCGCCCCAGAUCGUCGACAUGGUCUCCGAGCUGGGUAUCUUUGGCGUGGUCAUCGGUGAUGCCGAACACAUUAUGCAUAAUUACCAAGCGGGACACAUGCUACGCACAAAGCUGUCGACCGCCAAUGAAGGAGGUGUAGCCGCCGGAAUGGGCGCCCUGGAUAGUCCCUAUUUAAUUGACAGCGAUGACGAGGACGAAAACAACUAGGGUCCUUCAAUUGAAGGCUCCAAACGCCGGCAUUCCACCUGUUGCCUCAGUCUUGUAUAAAUAAUUAUUUUUGUAAAGCGUGUUGUAAAUUUUUCACAAUUUUCCCCAUCCCAAAUUGUAAUAAACAAAACGUAAAGUUAGAAA